AUGCUGGAACAUGUGAAUUGCUCCAUUUAUGAAAACCCUUUGAAAUCUACAUUCAUUGUUUCAGUUAUUAUAUCAAUAGGAAUUGUAUUAUCUUAUGUUCCACAACAUAUUAAAAUUGUUCAAACUAAAUCUUCAACUGGAUUAUCACCUGUCUUCUUAUUAUUAUCUUCAUUAUCAGGUAUUGCUGCUACUUCUAAUUUAAUCUUAUUAUCAUUCAUAUCAAUACCAUGUUGUUUGGAAAUUACAAAAUUUGAAUGUAUAAAUUCUCAAAUUUCAUUAAUUCAAGUUGGUUUACAAACUUUUUCAACAUUAUUAGUUGUUUUCCUUUGUGUCAUAUUUACAAGAAAUCCAUUAGAUUAUGAAGAAUAUCUUGAAGUUAUAAAAGUUUGGAAACAAAUCUUAUGGUUCACAGGAUUCAUAAUAAUAAGUUUAAUAAUUUCAUUUAUUUAUGGAAUAAAAUCAUCAAAUUUUAUAUUAAAAUAUGCACAAAUCUUGGGGAUUUUUUCAACUAUAGUGGCAAUUAUUCAAUAUUUACCUCAAUUGAAAACUACAAUUCAUUUGAAGAAGGCUGGUUCUUUAUCAAUACCAAUGAUGUGUAUUCAAACACCUGGUGGAUUCAUAUGGACUGCAACUUUAAUACUUAAACCUGGUUCAAAUUGGAGUAGUUGGUUCCCAUAUUUAACUGGUGCUGUGUUACAAGGUACAUUAUUAGUUCUUUGUACUUAUUAUGAAUAUAUUGCUGAAAAAGAUGAAGUAUUAUUAGUUCAAGAAGAUCAAUAUUAUACAUUUGAAGAAUAA